GACUAUACUAACCACGAGCUUCAAGCGAGGAAACAUUUAACUAUGGCAAAAGAUAUACCACAUAGGAAAGACUAUAAAGAAGUUAAUGAUAAUUACAUGACAGAUGAAAGGAGAAUGUACUACACAAAUCAAAUAGCACACAUUUUAAAAAGCUAUAAUGCAUCUUCUAAUAAUCAAGAAAGCAUUAACCAGGAUGGUUUUUCAAAGGGUCAUAGGAAAUCUUUAUUUGUAGACCAUCCAUCGAUACGGAAAGAACACAGUGCUUCUCAUGAAUCAACCAAUCCAAGUAAACUUUUAAACCUUAUUAAAACAUUGGAAACUGAAAUUGAAGAGAAUUAUUUAGAUAAAAGUCAAAUACACGUGUUACAUGAACGUUUAAAAAAUAUGUAUAGUAAAGUGUCGGAAAUGUUAAAUAACCAAUAUAAUUUGUCACCAAGACAACUGUCAAGCAAUUCCAAUUUAAAUAAAAGUGAUUUGGAGCAAGUUUUUGCAGAUAUCGAAGGAAAUAACGUCGAUAGUGCCUUCAGAGAAAUGCCUAACAAUGUCGACCAUACACAAAAUGAUUAUGAUUACAAGCAGUUAAAAAAUUUAGUAGAUCAUUACCAGGGUGAUUUUUUACUAAGCAAUAAUAAAAUAAAAGAAAUUAAUCAUGAAAGCAAUAAAGCCCACGACAAAAAUAUAAAAUACUAUAAUGAUAGAAAACUAUCACCAAAUACAAUGGAUAGAGAUUCAGACUUUAGUUUAGAUAUGGAAGAUAAACAUGAUGUGGCUUCAAACAUAGAAAUACCCUUUCACAGAAAAUUGGAAGGUAAUUAUAAUAACACUGUGGAUGAAUUUAUGAAAACAGACAAACCAACUAUAGAGAAACAAAAUUAUAACGGGUUGUACAGACUGACAGUGUUAAUUACGCGCUUAAGUAAAGAAAUAAGCAAUCUUAAUAUAUCGGAAGAUGAAAAGUUAAAAAUACUGACUCGAUUGCAAAAUAUGUACGAUAUGAUGAAUAUACAAGAAGCAAUAGGCAGUCAAUAUGAAUUAAAUGGAGAAAAACUAAAACAUUCCGAUUCCAUUUUGCAAAGUGAGACGCAACAAAGGUGGAAUAGAAGAAAUGAACAAUAUGACAGUGAAAAUAACGACAAACGUGAACGACAUUCUUCUGAGGAAAAACUCAUUCUUUCAUUGAAUAACUUGCAGAUCAAUCAAGCAGAUUUUCAUCCAACCAAACAUAAGAGAAUCAGUAAUCACAUUCAUGAAAUAUUUCCUAACUUAAACAUAGAGCGGCCCCAUACACGAAAUAAAAAUAUACACAGCCAAUAUAAUUUUGUGACUGCGCCCCCAGAUAAUAAAUACGAAAUUAAACGUAAACAAUACAGAAAAAUAAAGUCACUUGGCAAACUAGAUAACUACCCAAAAGAUUUUCCAUUUGAGCAUGAACGCAGCCGUUCUAUAAGGCCGAUCGAUUCAGAGGAAUUUCAGUGGGUACCAGAAACAAUGGACGACUACAAGCAAGAUGACAGCCCGGUCUAUGUACCGGAGAGAGCUAGAGCUAUGCUUAACUUUUAACUAGCUGUUAACCCUUCUUUUGUCAUACACUGCCGGGCAAUGAAAAAGUUCCAUUCACAAAAUGCCGACAACAAAGGACACCAAUUUUUUCAAGGAUUUAAGAUUGGAACAAAAUAAUACCGAUUUUAGUUGAUAGUAUCCUGAUGCUCUGUUGAAUGUACUGCAAUGUUGCAGAAGACGGCAUUAAGCUAGUGUUUUCCGUUUAGAAGUAAUUUGGUGCUUUUCUCAAUGGAACCUUUUCAUUGCCCGUGAGUGUAUAAAAAAUAAAGUAGUCAUGUAGGUAACCCUAGUUACUUUUGACUUUCUUAUAAUAAAACUAUAAUAGGUAA